UUUUAGUUUCUAAUUUCUUAGUUAGUUGACAUAAAUCCCAUCCUGUUAGGGGACCCUCCUUCAAACUUCUAACCGGCCUUUAAGGUUGUUUCAUGCACUCUGAUUUAUUCCCUUUUCCUUCCCUGCUUUCUGUUUUUCAUAAACAAAAGGGGAUACUCUGCAAAUUCUUGGUCUUUUGCGUGGAUUUGGCAGUUGGGUAUUUCAAAUUGCUCAGUGGUGCUUCUUUUAUUGGUGAAUUCUUCUUGACCGUUUCCCUUUUUCCUUUUUUUUUUUCCUUUUGAGGAGUUUUUCCUUUUGGUAAAAACCGAUUUACUGAAGUUCUAGAAGCUUGUUAUUUGAUGGUUUUUUUGAUUUCCUGUUCUUGUAAGGGCUGGAAUUUUGUUCGUCUCUUGGUGCUUUCCAUGAUUUGCUUGUUCUUGCUUCGGUUAGAUUUUGGGAACGAGCCCCUUUUUCCCUCCUUUGCUGUUUCUCAUUUCUCUCUUUUGGUUGGGGGAGGUGGAUCGGCUACCCUGAGUAGAUUAAUUUCUCAUGGGCGAAAAGGAUUUCCAGGAAGAAGUGUUCUUGGGAUGGUCUCCUAAUGAAGCUUGUAAGCCCAUCAUUGAUGAAGCUCCUGUAUUUUAUCCAAGUGAAGAGGAAUUCAAAGAUACUCUUAAGUACAUUAACAGCAUUUAUCAGCAGGUGGAAGCAUACGGAAUAUGCCGCAUUGUACCUCCGAAUUCCUUUAAGCCACCAUGUCCUUUAAAGGAUGGAAACAUCUGGGGAAAACGUAAGUUUGAGACGCGAAUUCAAGAAGUUGACAAGCUUCAAAAUAGAGAACCAGCAAGAAAGAAACCCAAAACACGCAACAAGAGGAGAAAAAGGAGACAGUCAUGGACAAUGGUGUCUCGUCGACGUGGUCAUUCUGCCCGAUCUGAAGUAAAUGAACCUGCAGCUUCUGAUGAUGAUGAUAGGUUUGGCUUCCAUCCUGGUCCAGAGUACACUCUAGAAGCUUUUCAAAGAUAUGCAGACAAUUUUAAAGAACAGUAUUUCAGAGUUAAAGAUAGCUGUAAGGAUAUGUACUCCAGUGAUCAUGAAUCUAAAAUGAAAAAGGAAUUGUCAGUUGAGGACAUUGAAGGUGAAUACUGGAGAUUGGUUGAGAAAGCAUCUGAGGAAGUUGAGGUGCAUUAUGGUGCUGACUUGGAUACUGAAAAGUUCUGCAGUGGAUUUCCAAAAGCAAAUUUGACUUGUAAAAUGGAUGAUGAUCCAUAUGUUUCAUCUGGAUGGAACUUGAACAAUUUUGCACGCCUACCUGGAUCUGUGCUGGCUUUUGAGCAGACAGAUAUUUCUGGUGUUUUGGUUCCUUGGCUAUACAUAGGAAUGUGUUUCUCAUCAUUUUGCUGGCAUGUUGAGGACCAUCAUUUGUACUCAUUGAAUUAUCUCCACUUUGGGGAUCAAAAGCUAUGGUAUGGAGUACCUGGAAGUGAUGCUAAAAAGCUGGAGAAUGCUAUGAAGAAGCAUUUGCCUGAGUUGUUUGAAGAACAACCUACUUUACUGAAUGAACUCGUCACACAACUGUCACCAUCAGUUUUAAAAUCUGAAGGGGUCUCUGUUUAUCGUACUGUUCAGCAUGCUGGCGAGUUUGUUCUUACUUUCCCCAGGGCAUACCAUUCAGGAUUUAACUGUGGUUUCAACUGUGCUGAGGCUGUCAAUGUUGCUCCAGUUGAUUGGUUGCCACAUGGCCAAAGCGCAGUGGAACUUUACCAUGAACAGUGUCGUAAAACAUCGAUAUCACAUGAUAAAUUGCUACUUGGUGCUGCUAACGGAGCAGUUAAGGCUCUUUGGAGGCUGCUGCUACUCAAGGAAUGCAACAAGGAAAGUCUGAGAUGGGAAAGUGCAUGCGGGAAGGAUGGAAUUCUUACAGAAGCAGUUAAAGCACGGGUACAGAUGGAGCAAAUGAGGAGAGAGAAACUUCCUAAACCUUUUGAAGCCAGAAGAAUGCAUGCAAACUUUGAUUUGACUGAUGAUCAAGAAUGCUUUUUAUGUUUUUAUGAUUUACAUCUCUCAGCGAUUGGUUGUGAAUGUUCACGGAACCGCUUCUCAUGCUUAGAGCAUGCAAAGCUACUCUGCUCAUGUGGUCCAAGAAAAAGAUAUUUCCUCUUCCGUUAUGAUUUGGAUGAAUUGCAUACCCUUGUAAAAGCUUUAGAAGGAAAUCUGACCGCUUUGUACGACUGGGCAACUGGAAAACUGGCCAUUGAUGGUUUAUCCAUGACAGCACCUGAGAACUCAUCUUGUUUGAAGCCAGAAGCAAGUUGUAGUAGUUUCACCAAAUCAGAGGAAACAAGCUUUGGAACUCUUGCCACCAUGCAAUCAGAGAUUGCAGGUAAGUUAGAGCUUGAAGUUGGACUUCCUCAUGCUAAUUGUGUAAAGAAAAUUAAAAGAGACUUGGGUGAGCUUUCAGUUGACUCAGUUGCAACUGAUGGCCUUUCUUCAGAAGUGGAAAACAGGAAGUGCAAUGCACUGAAAUAUCCUUCAAAGGAAGGAUCAACUUCUAGUGCGAACAGUCCAAAAGUCCUUGACAUGAGCGAAGCAUGCAAAUAUGAGGAAAUUGGAUGUGAUACUUCAGGAGCCUUUCAAUCAAGUUCAGUAGAAAAUAGUCACGUGGCUUCAUAUCCUUUCAACAAACUACACAUUAUGAAUUCUUUGGAGUUUCCAUCAGCCACCAGCUCUGAUAAGUUAUUUCAGAUUGGUUUCGUUCAUCAAGAGUUGAAUCUUGGAAUGCUUUCACACAUUAAGGAUGAUACUUCUGCAGUUUCAGGGACUAAGGUUAAUGCAUGCAAAAAUUUCUCCAAUCUAGGUAGGGAAGGACCUCUUUUAAAGCGUAAAUCAGAUGGAUUUUGUAUUUCUGGAGAGGAGGAUACCAAUGUUCAUCACGACCAGAAACAGCAGAAAUUGCAAAGCAGCAGUUCAUCUAGUACAGAGAGCGAUAGAAGUAGCCCUACAUAUAAGGUCAAUGAAGAGCAGCUUUCGUUGUCUGAGGAUAUAUGUCUCAAUAGCUAUUUAAGCAGCAAAUGCUUGUCUGCACCUGAGAGCGAUGUAUCUAAUGCUAAAGGGGAAAAAAGUUUGAUUGCUGAAAUAUUCAUUAAAUUGAAAGAGCAUCAUAAAACCAUCGAUCUAGCUUAUUCCCGAGAGGAGGAUAGUCCAUGCGGGGAGCAUGUUUCAAUGAAUGCAAACUCCAGUUCACUUCUUAUAGAUGGCAGUCUUCAAGAAGGUGCAUGUUGUAAAGCAGAAAAACUUUUUGGAGUCAAUCUGCAGCUUUUGAAGCCAUCUUCUUGCGAAUCAUCAGAUGAAGUGCAUACCAAAGAAACUACUUCAUGCACAUGUACUAUACUGAAUGAAAACAAAUCCAAUUCAACUGUGGCUGUGUGUCCAGCCUCCGGAUCGGAUACCUGUACCUUUCAUAUUGAAAAGACGUUGCAUGAACCUGUGCCAAUAGAAUUUGGCUCUAUUGUUCCUCAAAAGCUAUGGUGCAGUAAGGAAGCCAUAUUUCCUAAAGGAUAUAAGAGUCGUGUCAUGUUCUUUGAUAUACUUGAUCCAACACAAAUUUGUAGCUAUAUCUCGGAGGUAUUUGAUGCUGGACUGCUUGGGCCCAUGUUUAAGGUUACAGUUGAGGACAAUCCAACUGAAGUCUUUAUGCAUGCUUGUCCUAGAAAGUGCUGGGACUUAGUGCGUCAGAGGCUUAAUGAAGAGAUAGAAAAGUUACAAAGCCUCGGAGUGCAGAACCUGCCACCAUUGCAACUCCUGGGAAAUCUUGAUGGACUUAAGAUGUUUGGAUUUUCUUCCUUGCAAAUUAUUGAGUCCAUCGAGGCACUAGAUGCAUCUCAACAGUGUUCAGACUACUGGAUAUCCAAACCAUAUCAUCUGCCAAGCUUAAACUGGAACUUGAACAAUGAGCCUGAGGAACAAAAUGACUGCUUGAGAACUGAAAUCACUAAAAAGUGUGAUUCAAGUCCAAUAUCUCAUGCUGAGACUGAGCAUGCAUAUUCACCAAGUAGGACUAACUGGAUUCAGAAUAGCAUGGGUUCAGAGGAUGACAUCUCAGAUAUGAAAAUUCGGCAUGUGCUGAGAGGAUUAUUCAAGAAAGGAAGUCGUGAGGAAUUAAUCUUGAUGCAUAAGGUACUGUGCAGCGAGUCAUGUAGCUCUAGUAGGCAAGCUGCACUUGCUUCUCUCCUUGAAGAAAUUCAAGAUUUAUGAAGAGGCCUUAAGCAGCUAAUUGUAUUUUCAAUGAGGUGCUGCAGAAUGUUGCUGGCCAGAUUUGAUACAUAAGCCACUUUUACAGAUUCUUUCAUUCAGAGGUAGUUACAAUUCGAUUUAGUUAAGUUUCAGAUUUUUCUGAAAGCUUCACAAAUUGCGAAGGUACUCAUAGUUCACACGUUGACGCAUCUUUCGUAUGACCAUGGACUCCUCAAUUGUCAGUCCCAAGGUGGUAAUGGCUCAGAAUUCAUUUGAAGCUAAUAAUUGCACUGACUUUUGUUUCAUGAUUUGGACCAAGCAAUUCCUCGUUCUUCAACAGCAAAUUCUAUUCAAGCAGAGAAGCUAUGGGAAAUGGGUAACAUAGAGCAGCUACUUUGUCUUUGCUACCUUUCACUCCUAGAUUUUAUUGGACUAUGUUUUCAGUUUCCUUUUUUUAGUCUUUUUUGUGAUGGAUGUUAAAACUCUGUUUGGCUUCACAUAGCUGAACAAAAUAACCACCUCUUCAUUGUCCCCAUGGUCAUUCGUUCUAAUGUACAUAUGUUAUUGAGUCGAUAAUAACGAGCUUUCGUUGGUUUUGGAUCA